AUCUCUGUCUUCAUUUCAGUGACCCAUGGCGCUUACUUGGAGAGAUAUGACAGAAUCGAUUAUAAACGUGUCAAAUUUCUGUUUGCUGAUCCUCGAUACCCAAACCUACCGAGUUUUGCAACAUGUGUUCCAACAUUCGAACAGCCGUCAAAUUGGGCAGACUUCUUUGGGUCACGCUUAAGAACAUAUUUCGUUCCGCUACAGACAGGAAACCACUAUUUCUAUCUUUGUACGAUAUUCCUUAAACUUUGUUCGUCAUAAUGUUAUACGCGAUUCAUGUAAUUAUUUUUACAUCAGACUUUUCGCUUUCAUCCUCAUUUCAACAUGGCCAAUUAAUUCAAUUGUGAGAUGGAAUUCUUUCACGAGGUAGACAAUAACUCAUUACACUCUGCCUAGUAGAAGGAAACAAUCGAUUUUGGGAGGCACACUUUCAAGCCCCUUCAAUGGCCCAAAAUUCUCUAUUGCUCUCUCUCUUCAAAUAUGCUUCAUUUGCAGUUCAAUGUGUGGGUGUUAAAAUUUUGCUGUUUGAUUUUUUUUUCAGCAUCAGACGCCGGGAGUGAGCUUUACCUCAGCACGAAUGAAAAACCAGAAACUAAGUCGUUGAUAAAUUACGUAAGUGGAGGAUUUGCAACCUAUCAGUAUGAGUACGACAGGUGAGACCAUGAGCACAAAUGCAGUUUGAGAGUGCUAUAUUCAUCUCUGUUGCAGUAACGCAAAUCUCACAAUAAUGUAACAUAGUUUCCUACAAGUUCAUCUCGUAUUGAUAGAGUCGGGUUUUGCCAUAUGCAUAUACAGAACGCAAUUGGUUUUGCUUCGAUAAUUAACAAAACUGUUGCAUGAAUAUUGCCAAAAUAUCUCCCCUCUCGAUAUAUGAUACGUUAACCGCGUGCAUGUUAAGAUAACAAUGUCGUCCUGAUAACGGGUAUCAAAACGGCGUUUGCGCUUUUAAUUUUUAUUCGCAGAAGUGUGAUUAGUAUAACUGAACAGAAAAUUGAACCAUCACUUCGAAUGAAAGUUAUUUGUCUCUCUUGUAAGAAUUUGCAUCUCUUCUUUGGUUGUUUCAUUACACAAAUGAAAAUAACUUCAAAAUAGAAUUGCAGUUUUCUCAUAUUAAAAGAGUCGCUUGCUAAUUCGCAGUUCUCAUCUGUGGAAUAUCUCUGGCUCUCAAAGAUAAGAUUCAUAUUCCGUCAUGGCCACUUAAUAUUCUCUAUUACUUUAAUACAGGCACGUGGUAUAACCUUGCUGGUCGUUUAUUUCAAUUUUGUUUUUUUGGAACGCAGCAUCCACUACAUCCACACUUCAGCGUAAUGAUGUUUUUCCUUUUUGCGCUCUUAGGUUUACAAAUCAAAAAUCUCUACCUGUUUACAUGAAGAAAGGUAAAUUUUACUACAUGGAGGCAGUGAUGAAAGAUGACCACCAGAAAGAUCACCUGGAGGCUGCUGUUAAGACACCAGACGGACAAUUUUACAAAGUUAUACCCUCAAAAUUCUUGUGGACAACUUUGCCACCACCGCCUGGUUGGUAUAUUUUCAAAUAAAUUUUGAUAGUUGUAUUUUACCGGUGGCUGGUAAGUGUACCAAAAUCUAAAAAGAGCUACUUCGGCAUUUUUCGUCAGUUAGAUGAUUUUUGUAAAGAGCCAUCACUAAAAACUUUCACUAACAAUAUUUGAAAUAACAAGACCCUAGGCAAAUAUUCAAACAGUUCAUCACUUCAGUUAUUUCCUUAUUUUCUACGUAUGGUGUACUAUAAAGAACAGGAGCGAUUAAAGUAUUAUCACCCAUCAUUAUUAUUUAUCAGAGAAAAACUCAACCUAUCAAGUAACGUUGCUCAAAGUUGCUGCAAGAGCUGGUGCAAGAGCUGGUUUGGCAUUUGGAGCUCAUUGGGGAAAGAGGAGUGGGGCGAAAGCAGGAGCUAAAGCAGGUGCCUUGGCCGGAAUGGAGGUAGGAGCAUCCGCCGGAGCUCGUGUAGGAGAAAAAGCUGCCCUACAAGUGAUCACAAAAACAAUCGAGGAUGGACUCAAUAACGUCUAUGGACAGAACUCGCACCGAUUUAAGAUUGUUGUAGAGAAUGGGAACGUGGUUUCCGUUACUAAUCCAACUUCAGGAGGCACUCCUGGAAGUGGGGGAUCAGGUGCUACAGGAGGAACAGGGGGUGCAGCUGGCGUAGGAGGCAGGGGUGGCACAGGAGGCACAGGAAGAGCAGAGGGCGAGGGCGGUAUAGGGUUCGGAGGUACAGGAGGCGCAAUGGGGUCGCAAGCCUCAAAGGGCGAAGCGUAUGGAGGGGGAGCAGCAGCAUCGAUGGCUGUAAAAGGAGGAAGUGGCUCGUCACUUACUGUAGGGGUGAACGGAGGUGGCCAAGGACAAGUCAGUGCUGGAAGUAGUGAGAGUGCAUCAGGACAAGCAGGAAAUGGAGCAUCAGUUUCUGCUAAAGGUUCACAAGUGACUGCCGGUGGGGGAGUAGAUGCUUCUCCUGUUUCUAGUAGCAACAAAGCUAGCUCUCCACCAGAUGAAUUUUUGGGGUUCAUGGAGGCGUCAUAUAUGUUAAAACCUGGAGAAGACGCACAAGCAAUGGCAAGACUGCUUGUGUGGAAACAAGGGGCUGCAAGCAAACGUAAGUGGAUGUCUUAGCUCAGAAAACUCUUAACAUUAACACAACUAUUAUUUGAAAAUUGUUAAUGAGGUGGUAUCAAAUCUCUGGAAGACCCUUUUUGAUUUUCCUAAUCCAUCUGAAGUCUCAGCUUAAGACUGUUUUGAGCGAACGCGAUCUCAGAACAUAGAUUCCCUAUGAUAAUUUUUGUUUCCGUGUCAAUUUCCUACUAGACCGGGUCCGGUGUAAAAGUUUGAACUAGACGUUUAGAGGGCUAUAUUUAACAAUAGUAGAUUGUACAUGAAGCUUCACUUAAUUAAUUUUUGCAUUUUACAUGUUUCAGUUGUUCAAGAUGGACUUUACACGGUCCACUCCUGGGAUAUACCAUACCCACAAGAAAAUGGCAGCCUUAACUUCUGUUGGCGUUCUUACAAUGGAGAAAUGGCUCUUAGACCAUUCUGUCAAGUGUUCUCCGUGCGAAUUCCUGCAUUGCAUCAAAAGGUUGAAGCGGGGAAAGAAACCGCUUCGUUUGAAUCAGUUUGCCUUCCAGGUUAUUUCCUGAGGCAAAAAAACUAUAAUUUUAUUUUGCAAAAACGUGAUGGAUCAGAACUGUUUGGUGAGUAACAUUGACGCCCGCAUUUCUUAAGAUCUUUAAGUCAAUUUUCCUUUUUGAUAGUACAAUCUUUUCCUGCCGCAAUUUGAACUGCUUCACCGAGCAGAUUAAUUGAACUAUUCUCAUCGUAGUUAAGUUUUUGUCUAGCGUAUUUUGCUGGUUAAAGUUUUAUUUGUCUUUUUGUUGGUAAAGAAACGACCUUAGCCUCAACUGAGCACAUCAGAGUAUAAUUAUGAACAAUAACAUAAACGUGAUUGUUAAAGUGCGUAUAACUUAUUCUUCCUCAACAGAUAAAGAGAGUUCUUUCUACUUAGUUAGAGUGAUGAAGUUUAGUCGGAAUCUCCUGCUGAAAUCAAUCCACAAAGAUUGGUAUAUUUGCCAAAGUAGAGAUCGGCAACGUGAUCACAUCACACCUUUGGAACUGGACUUUUAUAAUGGUGAUCCCGACGUCCUCGAGAGGUGUACAUUUUCAUUUUGGCCAGUUCCACCAUACGAAAACAAACAAAAGAACUGUCGGAACGUUGUUGGACCGGAGAAACCAUUAACCAUCGCAGGACAACCACAACCCCAUCCUCCUCAUUUAGUUUCAGAGACCAGCGCCCAACCACUCCAACCCUCCUGCAUCCCCAUGUGUUCGUCUGGAGGGUUAACACCAGCGGCACCGGCAAUGUUUCAAGGAACAGGCAUAAAUGGUCCUUCGGAGCCUUCUGUCGCAAGUGGAAAAAGUAAAUACAUGUUUAGUCUGUCAUUGCUCUUUUUCAUGGUGCAUGUUAAUGCAUGAUUCUUUCUGAAUUUGCAGACACCAUUUUAAUCCUGGUCAAAUUUCAGACUCAAGGUGUAGGAGUUAGUCAGACUUAACAAACACAGACCAUUGAGUCAAUUAGUUUGAAGCGAUCACGAACUAAACAAUUAUUAUGACAACAAAUGUCUUCGAGGAUUCUCCAUCACAAUCCAUAAAUUAUUAUUCAUUGAAAUGCCUUCCAGUGAUUAACAUGUAAAGCUUUCCAAUCAAUUUAACACUUACUGUUUCCCAUUUUGGUCCCUCUUUUUUCAGGGAUGUGCGUUGCAUUAAACUUCAUAAACAACUUUGGACCUUCAUUUAAGCUCCUCUCCUCUCUUAAACAUGAAGCGUACCUUGUCACUGGAUCAGGAUUUAAGCUUAAACUCAUUAUAGAACGACCUGAGCUACAUAGCCAUGUUGCAUUCAGCGCUGAGGAUCCGACUGGAAAAAGCAAAUUACUUCUGAAUGAAGAAACAAGCAUAUCAGAAUCACCUGUCCCUGGUUGUCCUGUGUUUAAGGAUAUUUCAGUCACCAGGCAAGGUACGACGCAUUAAUUAUCCUGUGGCAUGUAUUAAGCGGUAUACCCCUUUCGAUUUAUCAUUCGUCCAGGAAAACAUAACAAUGUGAUGUGUAUACAAAAUUAAACACUUGUCCUGUGUCAAUAGAGCAGGAUAAUCAACUUGCGUUAAAAUUUAUUUAGUUUGGUUACCUUUUGAGCCUCACUUUAUCAGAAACCAUUAGAGAAUUCAAGCAUUCUGGCUUGCUGGUAUGUCGAAAGAAAUUCCCCGCGGUUGAAAAUUCAUUGCAGCCAUAUUUCAGUUUCCCUUUAAGUCUCUCUUCCUAGGCAAUCAGCUAUAGAUUUUCGUGGACAAUCUUUCAGCCUUAAGCAUGAUCCUCCUCAAUCAGUUAAUGCCGAAAACAAAGUCAGAAAGUACUGUGCAAAGGUAAUGCAAACAAUUAUCGUCGAAUAUUGGGCUUUGUUCUCCCCAUAUAUCAGCGAUCUAUGUUGCAUUUUAUAGACACCUCAAAACGAUAAAUCGACGAGAUAUCAGAGCUUUCCUGUGGUAUCUCGUUCCAAAGAUAAAUCGUUGCGGUGAUAUAUCGUUCCGGCGAUAUAUCGACGAGACAUCUGAGUUUUCCUGCGAUAUCUCGUUUCAAAGAUAUAUUGUUCCAGCGAUUGAAUAGUUUAAGCGAUAUAUAGUUGCGGCGAUAUAUUUCUAGCAUACAUUUAUCGUAGAGCGCGCAGUACAUCAUCACGAUAAUAUUAUUUGCUCCAGUGAAAUAUCGCUCCAGCGAUUCAUCAUGUUAAAAGCAGCAGAAUAUAUUGUUUCGAGACAGACGGAGAUGAAGUUUUACAGCAUUAGGAAACGAGGCAGGCCUCAAGGGCAAUAUUUAGAUCGAAAAUUUCGAUUAACUGCGAUAGCUUGCGAACAAGUAAUUUUAUUAAGGCAUUAAUAACAGCCUCUAAUGGUUAAAUACGAGCACAUGACAAAAAAUUUAGGACAGCUAAGCGGUCUAAUUUAGGCGCUUUUUUUUCAUUUAUUCUCAAAAGCUGGCAUUUUCCUGUGCUUACUUUACAUGUGUCCCACACGUGGUUUGUUUCUUCUAUACUUAGCACUGAUAGGAAAAGACCUCGCAAAAAGUCUUCCUUGUAGAUAUUCGCGUCUCAAAGCUAUUAACAUAUCAACGGGAUUCGUUCGUACUCAAACUAGUCGAUUCGUACCUGUCCCAAUUUUAAUGCAUUAGAAAUAUCUCACGCACUCGCGCGUUGUUUCGAUUGUUUCCUAGGAUAUUUCGUAAGUUAGUAGAGUCAAGCAAGGUGGUAAGUUUGUACAGUCAAGCGAGUCAAAAUUCCAAUUGGGUGCUGAUCAUUAUGUUGGUUCCAAAAAAACUCUCCAAGUGGUAAAUAAAUGACUAUAAAUAUACGAACAUCAUACAUAUGUGAUUCGAGUUCGCUGCGUUUGCUAUACGUUCGUUGUUUUGAACAUUGUAUCCACUACAUCAGUAAACCCAGUCAGUCGCUACUAACGUUUAACUUCACUGAAUACCUAUCUAAAUUACAAUGACGAUACGGCAACAAAGUCAAUUCGAUACUGUAUAGAAGAUAAGUAAGGGCAAAUUUAAAACUUCUUCAUGAUGGAAAACCGAUAAAUUAUUACUAUUUUUCUGAACUACAGGUAGUGAUUCACGAGAAAGGCUUGGGAAAUAUGAGCCUUUCUCCUUGGGCACUCGCGUCUCGACAUCAACUUCUCAACCUCAUCCUCCACCACCUUUGUCACUUCUGCGCCCUCCCUCUUCUUCUCCUCCAGCUCCAGCUCCUCCUCCUCCUUCCUCUCCUCUUCCUCCUUUCCCUCCUCCUCCUCCACCUGCACCUGCACCUACACCUCCUCCUCCUCUUCCUCCUUCACCGUCCCCUCUUCCACCGCCAUCAUCACUAUCACCAGCCUCUUCUGCAUCAGUCGUUUCAGCAGUCCCUGCAGCCUCGGAAAUUCCAGGUAAGCCACUUAUUAACUUUGUGCAAGCUAACACAAUUAUUUCAUCGCUUUUUUUUUAUCUAAAAGCAAGGUUUUGAUGUGGCUUACAUGGUCAUCAUUUUCUCGAAAAAGAUUUGAAUAUCUGCACUAUGAAAUGAUAUCAGCAAAUAGAGUGCUUUUUACAAACUAAGAUAAACGACAAUGACGAACAAAAAAAGGAUGAACAAUUCGCGUAACAGCAAGUUAUAAAACAAUAGGAGCAGUAAGGUAAAAAUAAAUUUUGAGAUCAAACUGUAAAUAGCAUUGAAGUUAGCCAUGUCCACAGACAUAUUUUGUAGACAAAAAAGAGACUUAGGUUAUUUCAUUUGAUAAACACAAACCGACCAAUAUCAUUUGUCAUUCAAGUGACACUUCCUAUGUUUCAAAAACGUCAGAGACUAAUGCCUUUCAACCAUACCCAGGUAAACCUUUUUAUGAUAUCAUCCAUUAAUCUCUCACUAGAACGUUAUAACCCUUUAAAGUAUAUGCGACUUCAGGGGAGUUUGAAAGUUAAAAUUAUUUUUUUGAAGAAAAAGGGCCUGGAUCCAUUCAUUAUCACUACCAUUACACGAGGACACCCUUCCGUACUCUCGGUAGGUGAAAUAUUUUCCAAAAUACAAAUGAUCUAAAUAAUUCAUUAUAAAGAUUAAUAUGAAAAAUACUGAUGUCAAUAAAAGAUAGAUUAAACAGAAGACGUUUAGCGUUUGCGAAUGAUUUCUUUAAUUGGACAAAGAAAUAGAAAAGAGGUUUUUAGUUUAUCUUCUCUUUUCUAUCAAAAUGCAACAUUUGUCCUGCACUUGAAACUGAUGGUUUUACGACAUUGAAUAAAAAAAAAUUCUUGGCCCUAGUGCGCAUUUAUGAGUUUCAACAUUUAUUAAAUCAAAUGAACUCAGAUCUAACGAGAAAAAUAAGUGUAAAAAAACUAUCGGUAUAUUUGUCUCCGUGGCGGUUGAAUUAAAUUAAGAUCAUAAGAUUUUUCACAAAUUCAUAGUUCAUCUUGCAAAGCAGAAAAUUCGGACUGUUGUUUGUUUAGUCGUUUUAAUGUAAAUUUAUUUAAACACUUAACACCUUUUUUAAUAGGUUGUCCAACGAGCUGUUCCUCCACUGGGUGCCCAGUUUCCUGUCCGCCAUCCUGUUGUCGGUAAAAUCCUUGUUACGCUGGAGUGCAGAUUGAACGAGGACAUAAAAUCGUCCUUUUCAAUGUGGUUAUAAACUGGACGGAAGAAAAUCAGUCAAAGGACCUUGCUCUUGCGUCGCUGAAGCCGCAGUUAUUGUGGCUGUACUGCUUGUCACUUUCCAGAUGUAGGAAGCAGGCAGUAGAUUCGUAAAACCAUGAUAUGAGCAAUUUUAACCGGUUUACAUGUUCUGAAAAAUCACCAAACAAUACUUGCGGGGCAUUGCUAUUCUCGCUCUCAGCGAGAAUCCGUUGACGAAAUGUGCUAGUUUACAUCAACCUAGAACACGCGUUGUAUAAAACACGUAAACCUAAAACGUUCACGGAUUUAUAUGGAACAUGCGUUUUUUUAUUAACAUUUCUAUUUGAGAUAUAGGAUGUUCUUUUCCUUAGGUUAAGGUGUUGAAAGCUCAGCAUUUUCCGUAACAUUUGUUGUUCCUGAAAAAUAUCUUUAACCAAGAGUUACUUUAAGCUAAAAACAAACUUCAAUUAAUAGAUUAAUAGAUAAAUGAAGAAACAAAUAUAUUUACAAAGACGAAUACAAAUUAAAACUGAAAAAUUACAACGUGAGUUAAUGGAUCCUUAUCUGAACAUAACAGCAUCAGCUUCAAACUACAACUUGCGUAUUAUGGUCUAGGUGGCGUUUAAAACUUUUUCUACCACAAUUGGCAAUAAUGUCGCAAUCUGAUUGGCCAAUUUGUCGUUGUCAAUAAGAGUCGAGAUUAUGCUGCUGCGCCUCGUGAAUCCGCAACAUUUUGACAACUGUCAUGACAAAUAUCGUUGUCGAUAAGUGUACAGAACACGCUAAGCCACUUUCGAUUUGUUAAAUCGACAAUUUUUAUAAUUGAAUUGAUGAUUCCUUUUUUGUUUUUGUAGCGAGUUUCAAGAACGCUCCACAAUAAUAUUUAUCAUAAAAACCAAAAUGAGUGAUAUGCAUGGUGUCAUUUUACUUACUCUGUUCUUGUUUUCCCGUGCAACAAAGAGGAUCAAUUAGUGGAGAAUCUCUCUCGUCAAAUGAUGUUGUAGUUCCUAGUGUUAUAAGAAUCGUAGAAAGGGUUUUGACUGCAUGCGCAUGAAAGUUAAAACUUUAAACUCUCUAAAGCUAAACGAAUUUUAAUGGUGGUGCUGUAGAUAUAAACACCCUAAGCAAGAAUCAAUUUACCAAUUUCAGUUUCUAAUAAAUACGAAGAUACACCCUUACGUAUAUUUGGGUACUCUUCUCUAACGAAAAAGCUCAUUUGUUGUUCUUGACUUAACGAGAGAAUCCAGGGUGCGACAUUCAUGUGAAUGUCGGUGAAUCGAUUUUAUUAGACAAAAUAUUUACUUAGGUGAAAUCGGUUCUACUAAUUGAUAACACCACAGGACAUAAUAUGUCAGGACGAUGAGUCUUUCAGUCAGAUUACCCGUUUCGAGCCUUCAUUGUUCGCCUUUCACAGCAGGUGGCUUUUCAAAUGCAACCAUGCAAUAUCUUUGAAUGACGAAAAUGACUUAGUUCCAGCGAUUUCAUUUUGGGCCCCAUUCACUUACAAUGAAUUCCCUGGAAAUCGUGUACUUUAUGUUAUUUUGCUUCUUCAUUGGUCCAUUCUCCAAAGUAAUCACUACAGUAAUGGAAACAUCAGGUGGGUUAUUCAAGUGUUGUAGUAAUUAGAGUGAAAUUGUGUCACUUUUUUGAGAGGGUCAAGUGUAAUCUCAUACAGAGAUUUUCAGAUGAUUAUGGGUCUUUUCAAGCGCAAAGCGUAAUAGUUUUCAAUAUCAGAUUUUUCAGGUCAAUUGAAUUGCAAUUCUAGGGGAGGGAAACUAGCUGAAGUCGAACGUGUUUUAACCUUUUCCCGCCGACACAGGCUGAUCAUUUCUUUUCUCUGCUAUAUUUUAUGUUCGUAAAAUUCAAUUUCGUUUUAACGAACGUAGAGAAGAGUGAAAAUAGAAAUGCACCUUUCGGUCCUAAUUUGAACCAAAAUGCGGAUAAGAGAGAGCAGGCAUGAUGAAUUGGUGAGAUCUCUCGAAUUUUUGUUUGAUUCCCUGCACCUGAUGUCUUAUAUGUCUGUUGAGAUUCACUGACAUUUAAAUUUACUCUACUCUUUCUCGCUCUAAGCUCUAAUCUUCUUUAACAGUGUAUUCCUUUCAUGAAUUAUGAAAAAGAUAUAGACUUCUUUGUAUAACGAAAGUUACAAAAUGAUAAAAAUUUUCAUUCUUCAUUUAUUGACAUCAAUAGAUAACUAUGAGCCCGUCAGGCUGCGACGAGGCUUCGGCUUUAGAAAUGCAGUUUGUGGAUGUAAGUAAAUGGCUCUUCAUUUUGAUUGUACUUGAAGUAAUAUUUACCUAAGGACUUUCGAAAACCAUGGUGAUCGUCAGUUCAGUUCCCAGUCAUGAUAUCGUACUUCUCACUUAUUUGUGUAUGUUGUUUUCUAGUGAAAAAUGGCGUAUACCUGGAGAAAUGGGACCGAAUUGAUUUUAAACGCGUUAAGUUUCUGUUGGCUGAUGAACGAUUUCCAAACAUGCCAAGUUUUUCAACAUGUGUUCCAACGUUUGAACAGCCCUCAAACUGGGGAGACUUCUUUGGCUCACGUUUGAGGACGUAUUUUGUUCCUCUUCAAACUGGAAACCACUACUUCUUUCUUUGUAAGGAAUAAUGUAGUAAUUGAUACCUAUAACUGAAUUUGAUAGCAUCCCAGAAAAGAUGACCGAGAAGAUUCAGGACUCGACAGGAUUCGAACCCGCGCCUCCCAGACACUGCUUCGGCUACUGGCUGGGCCACGACGUCACAUUUUGGAGGGAAGCCAUUUCUUUAAAUGAAGUACACAUGCGUAGAUCAUAUCAUCACAUGCCUAUCAUUUAAGUAUGAGCAGAUUCCUGCACGGGAUUAAAGAGCCCACUUUAAUUUGCCUCGCCCCAACAUUUGUCCUCGUGGCUCAGCUAUUAGAUGCUCCAAAUAGUUUCUGGUGUCACGAUUUACCUCAUCUUUUACUUGUUCGCAUCAAUCAAGUGGUUUUUAACACGCUUCUGAAUUGUCUUUUUUUUUUCAUAUUUUCGUUUUGUUUAGCCCAUUUAUUUCUGUAUCUAGAGUCUUCAAUUGGGAAAGAACAGCAAAACAUACUAUACACUGUAUUAUUUUCAUUUGAUUGCCACAUCUGAUUGCUAUCCAUUACUUACUCUAGCUUCCAAUGCUGGGAGCGAACUGUUUAUGAGCACAAACGAUAACCCAAAGACCAAGACAAUGAUUACCUACGUAGAUGGAGGAUUUCCCACUGGCCAGUAUGAGUAUGACAGGCACGAUCAGUUAAGAUCCUUAACAUACCAAAACUAUUAUAAUACAGAAAAUAUUUUUUUUUCCUUUGGUGAAAGAUUUUAGCUUUUUGGUUGGCCGAUUACUACGGUCGUGCUUUUUCUUCCAAAGUUUCCUUUGCUCUGAGGGGUGAGAGUGAUUAUUGUACUCAUGAUUGACAAGCUAACUUAACAAUAGAGUGUCUGACUUAUUUGAUGGAAGAAUAAUCCAAUGGAUUGAUAAAUGAAGGUCUGAGCGACUGACUGACAGACGGACUGACUGACUGACUGACUGACUGAUUGGCCGACUGACUGACUGACUGACUGGCUGGCUGGCUGGCUUAUUGAUUGACUGACUGGCAGGCAGGCAGGCAGGCUGACUGGCUGACUGCCUGACUUACUGACUGACUGACUGACUGACUGACUGACUGACUGACUGGCAGGCAGGCAGGCAGGCUGGCUGGCUGACUGCCUGACUUACUGACUGACUGACUGGCUAUCUGACUGACUGAUUGACCGGCUGACAGACUGGCUGGCUGGUUGAGUUGGCAAGUCACUAGAUCAUUGGCUGAUUGAACAUCUGUUUGAUUCAAUGACUGAUCAAACCAAAACAUGAUUUUCUUAACUAAUGGAUCCAUUCUAACGGUGGAUCCAGGAUUUUUCUUAGGAAGGGGUGCACCACUCAGGGAUGAAGUAAAUGACGAGUGACGUAAACAGAGAUAAUUCCACGGAAAGCCGCACGAACGAUUUUUAUUCACUAAUUGCGAUGUAGCAAAAAAACGAACGAGUGAGUUUUUUAAUGCAUCGCGACGAGAUGUUUCUAUUUCAUACAUACUGAGAUUUUUCCUUACUGACCGACACAUUUCAAAGAUGGCAAGUUAUCUAAAUUCAAGAGCAAAUUUUAUUAUAAACACCGCCAAAUCCGCAACGUGGCGCGAUAUUCAAUCUCUGUAGACAACUAUAUAUUCCAUUUUCUUAUUUGUUUUCAAACUAAUUUGCCAAAGGAGUGACUUUACUUUUAAAAGAGAGACAAAGAUAAUUCAUAUUUUUUAACUUCAAUUUAUAAAUGGCAUCGCGAAUUUGCAGAUGUUUGCAAUUUUGAAGUUUAAAACUUGCAAAGAAAAUGGCACACCCUCGGUUUUGCAAACUUGCGUGUUUUCUUAUACGCUAAAUCGUUGAUGAUACGAGCUUGAUAGUUUUUUCUUUUGAGAUAUCGUUCAAAGCUUGCAAUCAUCUUCAUUUGUAAGGAAUGAUGUUAACCAGAAAUUUGGACUCAUUCAAUAAGUGUUAUGAUUAAGGCCUUUGCAAGAGCCUCGUCAAGUGGAGUCGACGCGUUUUCCGCUCCUUUCUCACAACGCACACACCAAACAACUUACAUUCCAUCACGUAGGAUGAAGACAACGUUCAAAUUCCAAUCAGAACAUACCCAAUCAUUGCACUACAUGAACAGUAGACAAUUUUACGAGCUUGGUUUGUAUUUUACCAUUCAAAUUCAUUCCAUUAUACCACAUUAGACUUCGCUCCAUCACAUACCAUUUCCUUGUAAACAACCUGCAUUUUAUCACGUAUUCUAACCGCAUCGUCCAACACCACUGAAAACAAUUUACAUGAAACUUUAAGCUACUUAUAGUGAAUUUUCCACACAUUCCCCUGCGUUUUGACUUUUUCCACGAAUAAAAUUCGCUUUUAACAACCUUGGAAUUAACCCAAUCGCGUGUUAAUUCAAAUGUAAACAACUUGCAUUUAAUACGUAUUUCACACACAGAGGGCAAAGUCCAGAUAGGCAACAACAUAUCAAGGAGCCCUCUUUUAAAUAUUAUCCUUUUCUCAUGUCAGUGUAUCUGCCCUUUUACGUGAUCGCAAUGUAUCUUUGGUUAGGGUCUAUUGGAGAUGCAACAGUUUCAGUUUGCUUUUCUCAGUAAAAAUUACGUGGAAUUAUAUAUUUUAGGCGACUAGCUGUUGACGAAUAAUUUUGAUUUUCUUUCUGUUAGAGGAACGGCCGUAAGCGUAGUCUCUUUUGCAAUCGUUUUUUAUCUCGUCACGCAAUGACUCUCUCUCCGACGGGGAAUAGACGAGACCAAACAACGGCGGUGAAGGAGACAGUAAGCGUGUUAGCGAUCCAUCUUAUUUUUGCUCAGAAAUAUUUAGGCAAUAGAGACAAUAGACCACAAAAUACCUGUGUGAAUUAAGAUAAAUUAUGUUUUUUCUCCUUUUCUUGAAGUAAAGUAAUGAGAUAUCUCGUUUCUUUUGAAAGUUAUGAAAACAUCAGGAACACAAAGUGUCUCAUCUCGACUUACCCAGCUGAAAAAAAUAUCUCUUGCAUACUACGCAUACCUCUGUUUAAUUCCCAAUUAUCUUCACCGCAGGUUUCUCAAUCAAAAGUCGUUGCCGAUUCGUUUGAUCAAAGGAAAAUAUUAUUACAUGGAGGCUAUUUUCAAAGACGAUCAUCAGAAGGAUCACCUGGAAGUUGGAUUAGAGACACCCAACGGAUUAUUUUACAAAGUAAUACCCUCCAUGUUUUUAUGGACCGACGCGAAAUCUAGUGAGUACCUACAAUGUCAAAAUUGCAUCUUUAAUGAUAAAGUAUGCAGAAUCUACAUUAAGUGACUUUCUUUUCAUCUUAAUUGGUGCGUCAUGAAGCGUUGAGCCUCAAUCUCUAAAGUUCCUGGUGCCUUUUGGUCUACUUUUGCUUUUACCACAACUGAAUUCUCUGAGCCACAUAAUAUUAAAAUAUUUGCUCCUCCAAUUUGGAUCAUGGAAUGUGUCUUUUAAUCUUUUUUCAUGGCAUGCGUGUAUCUAAGAAUCCGAAAAUCUGAGAAUCUCGAAGGAAAUGAGCCACUUUCAUGUGACUCAAAGAAAUGUAUUUUUCUCACUGAGUUUUGCAAACAUUAGCAACAAUUGCAAGAUUUCCUGAAGAAUGCUAACAUUUUCCAUUCAAAACAAUAUGAUUUCGAGGACCUCUCCGGCACAGGAGGAUUUUAGAGCAUCUCUUAUUUUAAACCAUGAAUAAGGCGUCUCCUCUUCUAUGGCACGGUAAAUUUACAGAAGCUAAAUUGGAUAAACAUGUGUAUAUAAAUUAUGACAGACUGAACAUGUCAUUUUAUCAAUUUAAAACAGCUUGAGUGUGAAGGAUUUUUAAUUAUCCCAUUUACGUCCACCAAAGCAAUAGCUUUCAUUCAAAAACAUUAGACGACUGCAUCACUAAACGCUGAGAUAUUCUUAACCGUCAUUUUUUUCAUUUUAGACACUCAGAUUUCUUUCUCUUUUUAGCAAAAAACACAACCGCUCUGGCAGUUUUAAUUAAGACAGCAGCGCGAGCCGGAGCAGCAGCUGGUUUAUCCUUCGGGGCGAAGUGGGCGAGUAAGAGUGGAGCAAACGCGGGAGCUAAAGCUGGUGCGAUGGCAGGAGUGAAGGCUGGGGCAUCGGCUGGAGCUAAAGCAGGCGAGCAUGCUGCCAUCAGAACAUUAAAGAAAGCGCUAGAGGAUUCUCUAAAUCUUCUUCAUGGUGACUCUUUGCACAAAUUUAACAUAAUCGUAAAGAAUGGAAGCGUCACGGCCGUUACCGGUCCAGGAAUGGGUGGACUGAGUACCACCACAACUGGAGAGGCAAGUGCAGGCACUGGUGCGGGAUGGGGUGGAGGUGGUGGCGGGGGAGGGGCUGGCGUUGGUGUUGGGGUAAGUGGUGGCGGUGGUGGCGGUGGAGGUGGUGGUGUUGGAGGAGGGGGAGGAGGGAUUGGAGCUGGUUCGCCUGGUAUGGCUGGAACAGCUGGUGCAUCAGGCACAGCUGGUAUUGCUGCUGGUGUAGCGGGAAUGCCUGGAUUUACAGGAGGUGGGGCUGCAGGCGGAGGUGCGGGUGAAGUUGUAGGCGGAGGAGCAGGAGUAGAGGGAGGGGGAGGUUCCAUAAGUGGAGCAGGAGGUGGAGUUGCUGCUGAAACUAGUGUUAGUAGUGGAGCUGUUAGUGGAGCUGCUGGUGGAAAUGGUGCUGGAGCAAGUGGCGCAGCUGGUGGUGGAGGGAUUGGGAGCACGAUUGGUGGUGUUGGUGGUUCUGAAGCAGAAGGAAUUGUAGGUGUGGUUUCAACCAGCGGAGCGACGAGUGGGUAUUCAACACGGCGUGUAGUCACUUACAUACCAAAAGCAGGAGAAGAUCCACAGACCAUUGCUCGAGCGCUAGUUUGGAAAGUAGGAGCUGCGAGCAAAAGUGAGUCAAUGACGAUAUCAAUAUGCCAAUAACUAGCACGGGAAUAUAAUCAUUGACAAAUAAAUAUAUGUACCUCGGAAAAAAGGGGGGAAAUCGGGUGAAGUGUAAUGGACUUAUUUCUUGUCUGGGCUAUCUGUAAUUUAUUAAAAAAAACUAAACCUUCUGAUACCAAAACAUUCCUUAAAGAGGCCUAUUGUCAAUACUUAUUUUCACUGUAUCAGUAUGUGAUUUGGCGAUGCUCAAACUGUCGUGUUCGAGUGAUGCUAAGAAGGAUUUCCACUCAAAUUGCUGCGAGGUUUGAAGGACGAUACAUCUCUUCAUCAUUAGGUCACAGUGGGCGAACAUUUGUAUUUCCCUUCAAAUUCUCAGGAAAGUUUACUCGGGUCCAGAGAUAUACAGGUUAUGCAGACAAGAACUGAAAUUGUACAAAAAUAUAACUUAAGUGAAGUAACUUAUUUAAACCACGUUUUGCCCCUAGUUGUAGACAGAGGAUUAUACAGUGUCCACUCGUACUUCACUCCCUACACGCAGGAGAACGGAACCCUAAAUUUCUGCUGGCGAUCGCUCAAUGGUGACGUGAAUUUAGAUCGCUUCUGCCAUGUCUUUAGAGCUCAUAUUCCUGGGCUGUACAAGCAAGCUGAAGAAAAAAAUACCACUGUAUCGUUUGAGUCAGUUUGUCUACCAGGAUAUUUUGUGAGGCAGAAAAAUUACCACUUUAUUCUUCAGAAAAGAGAUGGAUCAGAACUAUUUGGUAAGAAAUUUUGCAACGUUGGAACCAAUUUUAUUUUUCACAAGUGAUAGGCGUGAUCAUAAAUACGUAGCAUUUUCUUGAUUUACGAUCUUACUUGGCGUUAGGGUAAUAUAUUUUUUUUUAUUCUACAUUGUUCACCUCUCCUUUGAAAGAGGAAUCAAAAAUUAUUCUUAGAAUGAAUAUUUCUUUGCAUUUCUUAUCCCUCAAUAUUUUCCUGACAUCAUUUCCCUACAGAUAAAGACAGUUCAUUCACUCCCUUUUCUGUUAUGAAGUAUACCAGGAAUCUUCUGCUGCAGUCAUUUCACAAUGAUUGGUACAUGUGUCAGAAGCCUAACGAAGGCAAUUCUAUUCACAAGAACCCUACCAUACUGUUGGACUUUUAUAAUGGAGAUCCAGAUGUCCUCGCUCGCUGCACGUUUUUAUUUCACCCCAUCGCUCAAAAUGAAAAUAAACUGACGUGGUGCAAGAACGUGUUAGGACCAGUAGAAUUUCCGUCUAUAAGUGGUCAACCGCUGCCUCAUCCUCCCUUCUUAAUUCCACCGGCAACAGCCCAGGCCCCUGCCCUUCCCUCUUGUAUACCAUUAUGUCCUCCAGGGACUGAGGGUGGAUUAAUUGAACAGGAAACAAGCGUUGGACCCUUAACACCAAUUUUUCCUUCACCACCUGAAUUGUCACAUGGACCAUCUUUCCUCCCGAGUAAGUGUUCAACACUUUUUACAAUGAUUGAUAGACCGGCGAUACUUUUAUCCAUGAUCAAAUGGUAGAGGGAAGACGCUGGGAAGGGAGUCUCUUGUAUAUGUUUUCCUAAUCCAAGGCGUCUUUUCUUAAUCGCUUAGCGUUAAGGAUAGGAGACAGCUGAGUGUGAUAUAUUGCUAUUGAUUUUUUUUGAGGAAAGGAAUGUAAAGGAUACGUAUGUUAAAGUUAUCACACCCAACACUCUAAACUCUUCAAAGAUGUAAGAUUGGUGUAUUUUUAUUGUAAAUUGUGAUAAAUUACAUGUUUGCUUCCCUUUUAGAGAUGUGUGUUGCGGUAAACUUCAUUAACAAAGUUGGUUCUCCCUUUAAACUUUACUCGUCUCUUAAACACGAGGGAUAUCUCGUCAUUGGACCUAGCUUUAAAUUAAAACUGAUAAUAAAUCGACCCGAACUGCAUAGUCAAGUGACAUUCUACGCCGAAGAUCUUUCCAGAAAACAAAGAAUUCUUCUAAAUGAACGCUUAAGCAUAUCAGAGCCAGUGGUCGCUGAUUGUCUCCAAUUCGAGGACGUAUUUGUUACGGCAGAGCGAGGUAUGAUCAAAAGGAGAUAUUUUGGUGAUUUCACUUAUAAUAAUAUAUAUAUGCAACUUAUAUUUUCGUUCCCAAUGCAAUACGUAGAUUAA